UUAAUACUCAGCCCUAACCGGACCCGACCAGCUGAUAUCCUGCACGGCUGCACCAAAGAGAAAGAAAUCAUUGCUGCUCAUUUCAGAAACACGGCGAAAUAGAUUGUCAGCUGUUAAUAAACAGUGGGAAAGAUAGCGAAACUGAAGAACUCUCCCGCACAUUCUCAACACUCCCUAGUCCCUACGUCUGAUGGCUACUGUGACCGAAGGGAAUCAUCUUCACGAUGAGAUGAAAGUUUCAGAGAAUGGUGGAGAUGCGGAUUCUGAAAAUGUUCCUGAGGUGGGAUGGUACAUUCUUGGGGAGAAUCAAGAACAUGUUGGCCCCUAUGCAAUUUCAGAGUUACAAGAGCACUUCUUGAAUGGAUAUCUCUCCGAAAAUACACUUCUGUGGUCCGAAGGGAGGAGUGAUUGGAUGCCAUUGUCCUUGAUUCCUGAAUUGUUUACAAGCAUUUCUCAACAGGGACCUGAUCCUACAGUGACCUCAGACAAUGAUGAUGAAUUCCUGAAAUGGCAAAAAGAGGUCAAAGAGGCAGAGGCUGAAGCCGAGGCAUUGAAGGCUUGUGGCACCUCUGGUCAUGUGGGCGAUGCUGAUCAUUUGAACGACAUGGUGGGUGAUGCUGAUGAUAGGCCUCAGACACCACCAGAUGGUGAGGAAGAAUUCACUGAUGAUGAUGGAACUACUUACAAGUGGGACCGUGGUCUUAGAGCAUGGGUUCCUCAAGAUAAUUCGUUUUCUAGAGGUAAAGAAUAUGGAGUAGAAGAUAUGAUCUACUUGCAAGAAGAAGAGGUCUUUGCAACACCAAAGGUUGCUGAACCCUCUAAAAAAGAAGAAGCAUCUGGUACCACUGAGGUAGUAGAUGCAAAACCUGAUGUAAAGCGAAAAUUACCUGACAAGCAGACAGAGAAGAAGCAAGCUAAUAAGCCCCCUGAUAGUUGGUUUGACUUGAAAGUCAAUACACAUGUGUAUAUAACUGGGUUGCCUGAUGAUGUUACUGCUGAAGAAAUAGUGGAAGUAUUUUCUAAAUGUGGCGUCAUAAAGGAGGAUCCUGAAACAAGAAAGCCUCGGGUGAAGAUUUAUGUUGACAAGGAAACAGGAAGGAAAAAAGGGGAUGCACUUGUGUCAUACUUGAAGGAACCUUCAGUAGUUCUUGCUAUUCAAAUUUUGGAUGGGACACCUCUCCGUCCUGGUGGCAAGGUUCCUAUGUCAGUAACCCAAGCUAAGUUUGAGCAGAAAGGGGAUAAAUUUAUAGCAAAACAAGUAGACAAGAAAAAGAAAAAGAAAUUGAAGAAGGCUGAAGAGAAGAUACUUGGCUGGGGUGGCCGUGAUGAUGCAAAGCUGUCAAUUCCAGCUACUGUUGUUCUUCGUCACAUGUUUACACCUGCUGAAAUGAGGAGUGAUGCGGAUCUUCGUUCAGAACUGGAGGCAGAUGUUAAAGAAGAAUGUGUAAAACUUGGUCCAGUGGACUUGAUCAGAGUAUGCGAGAACCAUCCCCAGGGUGUUGUUCUGGUGAAAUUUAAGGAUAGAAAGGAUGCUCAAAAGUGCAUAGAAUUGAUGAAUGGGAGAUGGUUUGGUGGUAGGCAGAUUCAUGCCAGCGAAGAUGAUGGUUCUGUAAACCAUGCCUUGGUCCGUGAUCUUGAUGAAGAUGCUGCUAGAUUAGAGCAGUUUGGUGCCGAACUUGAAGUUGAUUGAGUUGUGCCAUAAUGUUUAAUGUCUUUCUAAUUAAAUCAGUUUGAAAAAUGAUUUUCUAUUGAAAUCACCCUUUGUUAGAGCGUUAGAUGUAAAGAUCUAGAUGAAUUUUGAAUUUAUGUAUCAAAAGCAAAAAGUGCCAUCUCUAAUCCC